AUGCAUGAGCUCUACAGACUAGUACAUGUGGAUACACCACUUGCUCCAUACUUUUCAGAGUGCAUUACAUCAGUGCAUUUGGAUGAUAUGAAUAUUGAGAUUAUGAUAAAUACCCUUUACAAGGCAUAUCUUGAAGAUGUCUACCAGUUUUUCCAAAUUACUGCUAACAGAUGGGAGAGUGGGCUUUUCAUCUUGUUUUUAGUUGUUUUUGCAAUUAUAGUAGCUGGAUAUGUACUAAAAAGGUAUAAAGCUCAAUUGGGUGUUGAAAAUCGGCAUCUAUUUACGAGUGACAAUGCAUAUGUAAACAUGGAAAAUGAGGAGGAACCAUUUUUGGAGCAAUUAUCAGUUGUGGAAAAGACAGUUCCUUGCUUUACUUUUCUCCACCCACAGUUACAAGUCAUUGCCAUUCUUUAUACUAGAGCAGGUGGAUGCAGGUAG